CAACCCUUCCCAUGGUUCCCAGCGCGCGUGGGGAGGGCGGAGUGAAAAACAGAAGAAAAGCUGCGUGUAGCACAGACCACACUGUCGGCGUUUUACACCUGGAAUUUAGGGGAAUCUUCGAUAUUUUGCAGGAGAAACGUCGCAGUAACGUCCACAUUCCAUCUGUAGGUCGAAAAUAACGAGACACCUGUCGAGAUGAGAAUUAUCCAGCUGAAGCUGUGGCGCCUGUGCAGCUGUUUCACCGUCAUCUUCAACUUCUUCAAGCGCCUGCUGUGGAGGUCGCGGGGUCGGCGGAACAGCGACACCCCCCUGCCCUCUCACAACAGUGGUACGGUCCCGGUACAGACACCGGCAGCAUCAGGGAAUGAGCCAGAGCUGACGUCCUGGGCAGACUGGGGUGAUGGUCCCACCAGUGUGGAGGUUGUCCCUAGCAACGCACAGGAGGACGACACCGACCAACCAGAACCCGACUACUUCCAGGACAUGGCUCCGCAGAUCAAACGACAAACCAAGAUCAUGGUGAAGAAAAAAGUCCAUUCUGAGCCGAUGGAGGACCUGGGGAGCCUGUCCAGCCGUCUGUCUGCCAGUACUGAUGCAGGGCUCUUACCUGUGAGUUCUGAGCUGGAGACGUGGACAGACGACGGGAACGCGUGGGAGGAAGACGGAGACUCCAUGUUGGCAUGGGAAGCCGAGGCGGCGAUACGGGAGCAGCGUCAGGCGGAGCGCGAGAGGAGACAGGCCAACCAGCAGCGCAGGAAACAGGAGAUGGAGGCACAGAGGGUCGCUAGGCAGCAACAACAUAGACUUGCCGUUAAACUUACGUCAUAGCAGUAACAUAAGCCACCUUCAUGUACAGGGUUCUUGCCAGGAUUUUUUAGCGUAGGGGCCCCUUACACUGUGAUUUGGACCACCUACACUGAUUUGGACUCCCAAUACUGUGAUUUGGCCCCUACACUGCCUUUCAGCCUGUGUAUGUCUUUUGAGGAGGACCUUGUGAUAUAAGCCACCGUCUUGUAAAGGGUUCUUACUAGACGUUAUGAGUGUAAGGGCCCCCUUAUCUGUGAUUGCUCUGAUUUAGCCCCCUACACUGUCUUUCAGCAACUGUAGGAUUGUUUCUUUUGAGGAGGACCGUUUGACCU